GGGCCGCCCGGGACGCGCGCGGCUCGCUCGGGCCGAAUCGCGGCGGCCGCCGCGGGGCACAUGACUGCGGGCUCAGCCUCCGCCCCGCCCGUUUCCCCGCGCAGCUGCUGGCCGUCGCCUCCCGGGGCUGCGGCGAACCGGGCCGGCGAGCGUCACCGCCCUGCGCGCUCCCUCUCUCGCUCCUGACUAAGCGGGGCCGGCGCCCGACUGCCCGAGCGAGGGAAACCGAAACCGAAGCGGGUCGUCCCCUCCCCGGACCGCCAGGCAGGCGCGCGGGAGCCGGAGCCCAGCCGCGGAGCCGGGAGCCGCGCGCAGAGCCGGGACCGCGGGCACCUCGGGGUCGCGGGUGUUCAGGCCGCUGCAGCCGCGGCCCCUCCCUCCUUCCUGUCGAGUCGCCGGCCCGCGAGGCCCGGCCCGGGAGCGGCGCGCAAAAUGGGCAGGUGCUGUUUCUACACGGUCGGGACGCUGUCCCUGCUCCUGCUGGUGACCAGCGUCACACUGCUGGUGGCUCGGGUUUUCCAGAAGGCCGUGGACCAGACCAUCGAGAAGAAUAUUGUAUUAAGGAAUGGUUCCGAGACCUUUGAUUCCUGGAAGAAGCCCCCUCUGCCUGUGUAUGCCCAGUUCUAUUUCUUCAAUGUCACCAAUCCAGAGGAGAUCCUCAGAGGGGAGACUCCCCGGUUAGAAGAAGUGGGGCCAUAUACCUACAGGGAACUUCGAAGCAAAGCAGAUAUUCAAUUUGGAGAUAAUGGAACAACAAUAUCUGCUGUUAACAACAAGGCCUAUGUUUUUGAACGAAAUCAAUCUGUUGGAGAUCCUAAAGUUGACUUGAUUAGAACGUUAAAUAUUCCUGCAGUGACUGCCAUGGAAUGGGCCCAGCUCCGCUUCCUCCGGGAGCUCAUCGAGGCCCUGCUGAAGGCCUAUCAGCAGACGCUCUUUGUGACACACACCGUGGACGAACUGCUCUGGGGCUACAAAGAUGAGAUCCUUUCCCUCAUCAGUGUUUUCAAACCGGAGAUCUCACCCUAUUUUGGCCUGUACUAUGGGAAAAAUGGGACUAAUGACGGAGACUAUGUUUUUCUAACGGGAGAAGAUAAUUACCUUGACUUUACAAAGAUUGUGGAAUGGAAUGGAAAAACGUCACUUGACUGGUGGACAACGGACAAGUGCAAUAUGAUUAAUGGAACAGACGGAGAUUCUUUUCACCCGUUAAUAAACAAAGAUGAAAUUCUUUAUGUCUUCCCAUCUGAGUUUUGCAGAUCAGUAUAUAUAACCUUCAGUGACUUUGAGAGUGUGCAGGGACUGCCUGCUUUUCGGUAUAAGGUGCCUGGAGAAGUACUAGCCAAUACCUCGGACAAUGCCGGCUUCUGUAUACCUAAAGGAAACUGCCUGGGCUCAGGAGUUUUGAAUAUCAGCAUCUGCAAGAAUGGUGCACCUAUUAUUUUAUCUUUCCCACACUUCUACCAAGCAGAUGAGAGGUUUGUUUCUGCCAUAGACGGCAUGCAUCCCAAUAAGGACUAUCAUGAGACAUUUGUGGACAUUAAUCCUUUGACUGGAAUUAUUCUAAGAGCUGCCAAGAGGAUCCAAAUCAAUGUUUAUGUGAGAAAGUUUGACGACUUUGUUGAAACAGGAAGCAUUAGAACCAUGGUUUUCCCAGUGAUGUAUAUCAACGAGAGUGUUCUCAUUGAUAAAGAGACUGCGAGUCAACUGAAGUCUGUGAUAAACACUACUCUGAUCAUCACCAACAUACCCUACAUUAUCAUGGCGCUGGGUGUUUUGUUUGGUUUGAUCUUCACCUGGCUUGCAUGCAGAGGACAGGGAUCCAUGGAUGAGGGAACCGCAGAUGAAAGAGCACCCCUCAUACGAACCUAACUGUGGCCCGAGCUUGGGGAAGGAACCAUGUGAGCUGUCCUAACCUGGACCACAACGUGAGGAAACUAUCCACGUCUUCAUGGGCAUGGUGCCUGCUGCAGAGAGGAGGGAGGAGACCCCGUGCUGGCAAGCGACGAGAGCAUUCCGGCAGGAGGUUAAAGAACAGACUGACCUGGUUGGCCAUUAGGCUUUAUAAAAUUGUUUUGUUUUUCAUGUGUCUAGCAAGUAUUUAAUAAACUCUUGUAUAGUAAUUUUUGUUGUUGUUGGGUGCUGGUAGCUCCAGAAUUCUGUGACCACCGUUGUGGUUAAAAUAUGUCUGCAUCACUUGUUAACGUUCCUUGGUCUAACCUUAGUAAGUAUGCUUCAUUUACCAAACUUUGUGCUCAAAAUAUAUAAAUACUAUUUUACGUUGUAUUCCUCCAUUCCUUUCACCCCCAAAACAGAAGUAAAUACGAGUUCGGAACCCAGGGUAAAAUAGCCUCAUUCAGUACAUCACUAAAAUGCAUCUAGUUUCCUCUUUUUAAAAAGUUACAUAAUUAUAUUUCAUAUGCUAACCUUCAGUUCAUAAUUCCUCCAAGAAAGUAAUUCAGUCUUUUGACUUUCAAACUGUCUGGGAACCAAGCAGGGAAGGGGUUGGGUGGGGUGAGGUAGGCAGUGGGGCAACAACCCUCAAGUUGAUUGAUAGUGAUAAGCACCUGUGGAUUUUUUACUUGUACUUUUGUGAAUCGAGAGAAUGCACAAAUAAUGUUGGUGAGGACAAGUACAGAUAUUUCAUAUGGAGUAGAAGGAAAUGCUAGUUAUGACAUUUGUGGGUAGUUUGUUGUUUUUUUUAGUCAGAAUGAUCUUGAUGUGAAAAGGUGCUUCUGGGAGGUAUCAUCAGUAACUGAUUUUUUCCUCCAGUCAUCCUUGCCAAAUAUGAUACUGUAUUAAUUACAAUACUAUUGAGUAACUUUGCAAAAUUAUUUAUGAAUAUGGGAAACCCAUUCAUCCACAGCCUGAGUUACACAUACAUUUUGGGAAGUCUGACUGCACUAACAAAAUGUUUCUUCUGGGGAAGUUUUCUUGGGAACUUUGAAAUUGUUUUUGUAAGUUGUUUUUCUUUCCUCACAUUUGGUCCCUUCCAGUGUUCUGUGGGUCACUGUCACUCACUGAAUAGAGAAAAAUGUGCCCUACACUUCCUGUGACAAUCAUUUUGCUGACAGAAUGAAUGAUGGUGUUUUAAAAUAUUGUACAGAAAAUGCUUUAAAGAAAGGUCCCUUGGGAUCCAGAAGCAGCGUCUUCUCAGAAGACCUUUUGACUUUCAAUGCAACCUAAGUCAGUCAGAGGAUAGGAACCGUCAUAUGUCACAAAAUCCAAGCCCGUUUAAGAGCAUUUUCUUUGAGUAGUGAAGUUCAGUAUUCAUUUUUGAUUAAGAAACCUACAUAGUUAUCCAGCAAAAUGCACAUAGAAUUUCUUAACAACUGAAUCAUCUUACAGGAUUUUCUGUAUAAAACUGGAUUUCAAUGUAAGCAAAUGAAGAAAAAAGCCAUGGGUUUCACAAAUACAGCUUCUGAUCCCUGUGUGGAGGUAAUAAAUCCCAUUACUUGCCCCAAUUUCCUUCUGUCUACACUAAAGCAACAUGUGACAUAUUCCCUUCUUGAAGGGGCAGUUCAUUAAACCUUCAGCUUCUCUAUAAAUUAAGAAAUAUUUUGUAAAUAUUCUAAAUCACCAAAAUGUAAAAAACUAAAUUGAAAAUAUUGUCAGUAAUACCAAAUACCUAGAUUUUUUAAAUUUAUCAAUAUUUAACUGUGUAAUUGGCACACCUUAUUCUUUUAUGCACCUACUUAUCCACAUAUAAGCCAGUGUGUAUUUAUUGGUUCAUCUUGUUAUCAGGAUAUAGUCACUUGUGAGGAGGAAAUUUUUCAAUACUAGGAAUGGUAACAGUUGAUAUACACUUUAAACUGAACCCCACACAUGUGGGGAGAUCAAACACAUAGUACUUCCAUACGAUUCUAAUAGUUAUUUGGCUUAAAAUCACAUUUGAUAUUAUCUUUCUGAAAAAUCUGUGACAAACCCAGAAACUGCAGUCAAGAUUAUAGAUUGAUUAAGAACUUAUGUGCCUAUUUGGUCUUAGGUUGAAAAUAACAAACUAUUACUCAUGCUUAUUCUCUUGGAGCCAUUAUCCUGGAAAGGCCUCCAAAGUCUUUGUGAUUGUCAUAAUCCCAGAAUGUGUGUGUCCUGUACUAUGAUACUCACUAGAGAGAAACCAGAGAGAGGUUACCUCACUUCUCUUAGGGAAAAUUGGGAAUUGAACACAGGACAAGAAAUGGGCUUUGCCACUUUUAGCUCAAGGCUUUUCCUACUGGACUUUAUUUCCUCAUGUUCUAGAACGAUCACUGGUCAAGUGGAGCAAGUACUAUAUGACUAACCCCUAUUGGGGUUUUUACCUAAGGGAGGCUAGUUUGGUUUUUUUUUUUUUUUUUUUUUUUUAAUUUAAAUUGCUUGAGAUAGGAGUUCUACAAAAGGUGACCUUCACACUUGGCCCUCUGGGCAUUAUUACUAGAAUUAAUUGCUUGUGGCUAUUAAACAGAAUACUGACCAGAAUGCUCUUCAUGUAGCUUAAAUAGGUGGUUCAUUUCAUGUGAUUCUUGACAUGUUUAUUUCUACCCUUAAUGCAAUGAAGUAUUUCACUAAUAAAACUGUUUAUAUGAAAUUGCA